AUGGGAACUCUUGAAAGACCGUUUUCUUCUUCUAUUCAAUCUUAUUCACAAAAUGACUCUCACUUAUCAACGUCUCAACAAUCUUCCGCACCUACAUUUUAUGAAUCAAGAAACGAACGAAGAUUGUUUGGACAUCCUCAUAUAUACCCACCUCCAUUUCCUCCUUCUAGAGCGAGAGACAGCAUUGAUACUAAGCAAAGUAUUAGUUUGUUAAAUUCGAAUUUAGGUUCUGACGAUAGUUCUGGAACAAAACGAGUGAAUAAAACUCAUGUUCCUAGCGCCUGUGUCAACUGUAAGAGAGCACACCUUGCAUGUGACGGUUAG